UUGGCUUGAAAAACUCCUCCAAAGUGCUCCUAAUUCUUCCGGUUUUUGAGGAACAGCAACUUUGAACUUAAAAAAUGGUGUUGUAUUUGGACAUUUUCAUAGAGAAAUGCAGUAAUGAGCCUUCAAGUCUCCUUUCUCGCCAACUUAGAUUGUAAAUCUUACUGUUGACUUUUGUCAACACAGAAAUGUGUCUCGUAAACUGAUUUCUGCUUUUCUUUAUUUGCAACAGACGUUAUUCACUUCAAAAAUAUUCUGAAGAAAACUUGAUCAAAAUUAUUUUUAAAUCGGAAAGCUUAAUAUGAACAAAGUAAUGGAAACCUAAUUCCGAAUGUAUAGCAGAGAAGUUAUACUUGACUGUCAUCUGUAUUUCACAGUUCUAAGAGACCUGUUAGAGCACCCAAAAUUGUUCUGAGAAGACAAUGGUGAAUGAGACAACAAAUUUAGUGUAAACCUGCUCAAAUGUUACUCGCUAUGUAAAACCAGAUAAAGCCUGUUAGGCAAAUU